CGUCACCGUCGGAGUAAAUGACUGGCGUGGCGUCACUUGGCGGCAGGAAAAACCAGUUUGGAAACAUUCUUUCCCUUCUUCAACUUCGAUCUUUUUGUUUUUUUCGUUAGUCAUCUCUUCAAGGACAAUGGACUCAUCGGAUGUGUUCUCGUACCCUGAGGAGCCCGACUUUUCGGCGAACUUUUCGGACCUCAACUCGCGUUUGCGUCCGCGUUUUACUUCAACCGAGCGGCUCUACUGCUCCCUUAACAGAAUCCGCUCCAAACCCCGAGCUCCCAUACUGACGCCGCGUCGGCCCGCUUCGUUGUCGGACCCGGAAGAUGACGGCCCGAACACCACGGAUGGACCCGGGGCAGCCGACAGGUGCAUUCUGACCGCCCUGAGCCUGACGGAGGUACGCGAGGAUGCCGACUCUGGUCCGAUGCCAUCAGGGGACAACGCGGCCCCGCGGGAGGAGCGCUCCGAGUCGCCCAACUCAGAGGGGCGCAAUUCCCCGUUCCAGAGGAGCUACACGACACUGCCCGACCUUAUCAACGGGGGGAGACCUCUUGGCAGGCGCAGGACGCUCGGACACGUCAAUGACACGUUAAAGGAAGUCCGUCGUGAGGUGGAGCUGUCUCGUCGACGCAGCAUCAAGCUAAAGGCCCAAGUGGACAAACUGCAGCAGAGCCGACACGGGUCCGGAUGGAGUCAGGACCGAGAGCGGGUGACGGAAGAGAUCCUGUCCAUCUUGAGGUUGAUGCAGACGAUGCCCGCGCAGCAGGGAGGCCCCCCACCGGAGCUGCCGCCUCCUGGGGAAAAGUGCCUGGAUGCUGCCCUAUCCCAGCUGCAGGACAUCACCCGCAAAAUGGCCGUCAGUGGCAUCGCCCAAAAGGAGGCCAAGUCGCUGGGAAGACGCGCUUCAGAGGAUGGCGCCCUGCUGCAACAAGCGCUGAGGGAUCGAGACGAUGCGAUUGAGAAGAAGAAGGCCAUGGAGACGGAGCUCCUACGUUGCAAGUCGGAGAUGAUGCUGCUCAACAACCAGCUGCUGGAGGCAGCACAGAAACGCUUGGAGUUGUCCCUGGAGUUGGAAGCCUGGAAGGAGGACAUGCAACUUUUGCUUCAGCAGCAGCUCCAUCUGCAGCAGCAGCUGGAACAAAACUCCAAGAAAACUUCUCGCAUGGGCAUACUGAGAAGGAACAAGGCGCCCGUGCAGCGUCCCGCCAACUUCCCGGUAGCUCCCGGGCCCGCCUCACCCGAUUCGCCCACUCCACAGAGUCCUACCCAGGGCUUUAUCGGCCGGCCACAGUUGUCGCCCGGCCGCCAGACGUCCACCUGGAGGUGGAGGAGGAACACCGGGGGGCAACCUACAACCGAGGCCCCUCAGCUCAGGGUCGAUGACGGCUUCCAGGUGGUUUCACUCAACUGAUGUGCGACGACCACGUUUAGGAAGAAAUCAUUUAAAUAACUGGCUUUUAUUAACGAGGGCUAAUCAUCGGCACAUGAACAUUAUUAUGUAUACAACAUGAGAAGGACAAUGUUACAUCAGGGUAAAUAUAUUAUGGAUUUCUUUGAUUUAAAACUUUGAUUGUAAAUAAAGCCACAACAUUUACUCACCUUUCAUAUUUAUACUAUAUAGACUACUAAUAUGUUUACAUGGAGAGUAUAUAUUUGUAUGUCAGUUCGAUGAAUUUGCUUUUAACUCACUAACUCAAUGCCCGCUUUUUAAAGCCAGACAAGUGCUACAUCACAGAUGCUACAGAGAGGAAUAAUUGACUUCCUUCCCGAAAAUAAUGUGGAUGUAAAAGUUGCGGAAAGUCCUAUCGGGAAAAAAAAUGCAUCAUACAUCACUUCAUGAAUACUAAACAACAGAUAGCACAACCCUCAAAGAGCAUAAGCAACUUGUAUAUACAGUAUUAGUAUCUAUAAAUACGGCAGUGUGGUAGUUGCAGUGUUCCAACGUUCUCUCAGUGCAAUCCUAUACUGCAGGUUUUUCACUGCUAAUUGUACCUGUAAAUCCUUAUAUGGCCUUCAUGUCUUCAGUGUAGUACAUUACAACACAAAAUGCCGGGUAGCAGCACUGAGCUUGAUGCAUCCAAAGUAAAUGCCGGAAGUGUUGAGUGCUGGGUCUUCUCUGUUAACGUUAAAGUGAGAGAGUAAUUGUACGAGACCAUUUAUGUUUAUAUUCCUGUAUUAGCCAUUUUGAGUUCAUAAUGGUAUUGACAGGCUGAUUAAUAGGGGGCCUGUCUCCGUCAAAGCUGACCAAGUGGAAACAAGAGUUUUUUACGUUGAAAAUGCUUGUGUAUAAAUGUGUAAAUGCCUCAAUUCUUUAAAGAUAUGGACAUAAAAAAGUAGAUUCUUGGGCCUUGUCCACACGUAGCAAGGUAUUUGGCAGAAAGAAGAUAUUUUUCUACUGUUUGACCUAUAAUCCACACGCGCAUGCAGAUUUAAACCAGGGUUCUUAAAAACGACGGGGAAGGUGAAGAUUUGCGAAUUCUGCGUUUGUGGUUCCAUCAUGUGGACACUUGCCACGUUUACAUGGAGCCAAAUAUUCCAAUUACAAUCGGAAUAUUUGUUCAAACCGAAUAAAUGUGUUCCAUAUGAACACCUCAUUCGGAAUGAACAGGCCCAAACCGAAUGGAAUUUCAUUCCGAUUCACGGGGUGGAAUAUUCCUUUUCCCAAACCGAUUAGAAGUAAAAUUAUAUCAUGUAAACAGGGAAGCGGAAUGGUGUCUGGUUGCGUUCUUUCUGCACAUGCUCCGUACUGACAUGGUGACGUCACUCUGUGACGUAAGUAACGUCACUUGCAACAUGGCUUCCAAGCACAGCGCACCAAAUUGGAGUCCGGCGGAAAGAUUGUAUUUAAUUCAAACUUUAAAAGAAUUGAAUAUAAUUGCUCGCUUUGACGGGCGUAAAACGAGGAACAGUGAACUAUUUAAAAAAGUUCACGAGAGGUUACACGAAGCCGGAAUAGACCGGAGCGUUGACCAGAUUAGAAACCGGUGGAAAACCGGCUACUACAAGGCAAAAGAGCAAAACAGCAGAAGCGGAUACGACCCCACAAACACAACAAGUGGGUUAAAGUUAAAAAAGCAGCACUCCGACGAUCGAGCUCCAUGUUUUGCAAUGUGACGCUUUGUUUUGAUUAAUCUGCGCAUGUCAGACGGCAGUUGUCAAACGUCCUUUCGGAAUAAAGGCAGACACAUGUAAACGCUUGAUCGGAAUAGAUGAAGUGACAUGUAAACAGCUGAUCUGAAAUUCCCAUUCGGAAUGAUUUGAAUCGGUAUGAAUAAAAGUCAGCAUGUAAACGUGGCUACUGAUAACCGAAGAUUUACGUCACUGGCCGCGACAAAUUUUGUCCUCACGUCACAAAUGAGACCAAUUUUUACAUUUGGAGUAUAUUGAAUAGGCGCUUUUUUGCUUCCAUUUAUUUUACAAACUUGCUGUGCUUCUUAUUGAAUAAUGGGUAUUUUGGACAAUUAUUUUAUUGUUUUGAAUGUACUUAAAAAUGAAUGAAAGCGCUUGGCUGUGGAAGUUUUUUUUCUUUUUUUUUUUCUACACAAACGUGCAGGUGUGGACACAAUUAUUUUUCCCCGACGUAUUAGGGCAGAAUCCUCGUUUUUUUUUUUAAAAAAAAACCUGCUACGUGUGGACAAGGCCUCGGUUAAAACAAACAAAAAAAAAAGGUCAGGUAGCAUUUAUUUUACAUAAAUAUGUCGAAUGUGAUGCUCGUCUUUGAGUCACUGUGGCGCCACCUUACUACAACAAAGAGCUUUGUACGUUGAAAUUCUUUUGAAUAAAAACUUAAUCCCUGAAUUCUUUAUAGAAAUUGACUUAAAACAGUCUCGAUUCUUGGUUAAAAGCAAAAUAAAAACAAACAAAAAAACGGGCAGUAUACCCGUAGUAGUGGCCCGAAUAUAAGACGGCCAUGAUUAUAAGACGACCCCCUCUUUUUCAAGACUCAAGUUUGAAAAAAGACUUUUUGAACACCAAAUUAAUUUUUAUACAGAAAAUUACAGUACAUCUGAAACAAAUGAUUAUAACAAUAUAUUUGAGAGAAAAAGCAUGUUGUUUUGCCUCAUUCAAAUCUUAAUAUCUGAACAUUUAAAUAUGUAAACUAAAGUGCAAUCACAUUCGUAAAUGAACGGCUUCUGGUUUUUGAAAUGUAAAUAAACCAAUCUAUUGUGAUAAAACAACAAAAAUGCAAACUGGUUAAACUAGUAGCUGAGAUCUGUCAUGACAGAACAUCGCUUCAAUGAUAUCUGGCGCCAUCUAGCGUCGUGAAUGGGGAGAGUAGCUGAGAUCUGUCAUAACAGAACAUCGCUUCAAUGAUAUCUGGCAUCAUCUAGCGUCGUGAAUGGGUAUAAUGUCUAGACCGCGAAUAUAAAACGACCCCCUCUUUUUCAAUCUUAUUUCAAUGCAAAAAAACACCGUCUUAUAUUCGGGCCAAUACGGUAAUUUAUUUUACGUAAAUAUGUCUAAUGUGCUGCUCGUCUUCAAGUCACUGUGGCGCCGCCUUACCACAACAAAGAGCUUUUUACGUUGAAAUUCUUGUGAAUAAAUGCUUUAAUCCCUGAAUUCUUUAUAGAAAUGGACGUAAAACCGUCUCAAUUCUUGGUUAAAAGCAAAAAAACCGGGCAGUAUAAUUUAUUUUACAUAAAUAUGUCGAAUGUGCUGCUCGUCUUUAAGUGACUGUGGCGCUGCUUACCACAACAAAGAGCUUUUUACUUUGAAAUUCUUGUGAAUAAAUGCUUAAAUCCCUGAAUUCUUUAU